AGACACAAUGUUUGGCUUCAAGAGUGAACGGGGAAUGGCCGAAGGUGUUAUGCGAAAACGGAUGUGGCUAGGCUUUCGUUAAGUAUUGUCGCUCGAAAGUGCAGCGACUUCGAUUUUUUUCAUCAUUACAGAUGCAACUGCAUUAAUAAUAACGGGAGAUAGACUUUUAGUACCGACUCGCCGAGUUAUUGAAUGCGAACUCUUAACAAAUGGUGAAGGACCGUAGCAUGGAUGUGGACAUGACGCCUUCAAUCAUAGGAUCUGAAUCGAAAAAGAAGAAUGAAAGUCUAUCACGCUCAUCUUCUACCUCAAACUAUGAGCAAGAAAAAGACUUAUGCUUCACUUAUUUCAAUGGGUGGUCACAAGAAGAACAAGUUGAGUUUGCAGAACAAAUGUUAGGACGAAUGACCCACUAUCAACACGGACAGAUAAACGCCUUUUUGAAACCAAUGCUACAGAGAGACUUUAUUUCGGCACUUCCAGAACGUGGCUUAGACCAGGUUGCUGAAAAAGUUUUAUCAUACCUUGAUGCUGUAUCUCUACGAAAUGCAGAGCUUGUGUGUAAAGAAUGGUAUAGGGUAAUAUCAGAAGGAAUGCUGUGGAAAAAACUCAUACAAAGAAAGGUGAAAACUGAUCCAUUAUGGCAAGGACUUUCAGAAAGAAGAGGAUGGAGUCACUCACUUUGGAGAAGUAUCCCUGGCUAUGACCAUACACAUUAUAGAAGACUUUACCCAAGUAUUAUAAAAGAUAUUGAGUCCCUAGAAUUGAAUUGGAGAAGUGGAAAGCACAGUCUACAAAAAAUAGUUUGCAGAAGUGAAAAUAUAAAAGGUGUUUAUUGUUUGCAAUAUGAUGAACAAAAGAUUGUUAGUGGGCUUCGAGAUAAUACUAUAAAGAUAUGGGACAGAGAAUCACUGGAGUGUUCAAAAGUGUUGACAGGUCACACCGGGUCAGUUCUUUGUCUUCAGUAUGAUGAAAAGAUAAUAGUGACAGGAUCUAGUGAUGCAACUGUCAGGAUUUGGGAUGUGGACACAGGUGAGAUGGUAAAUACACUGAUACACCAUUGCGAGGCCGUGCUUCACUUACGGUUUCAAGAUGGCGUCAUGGUCACUUGCUCAAAGGACCGAUCGAUUGCCGUAUGGGACCUGACGUCACCAAGUAAAAUCACCCUUCGUCGUGUUCUUGUCGGGCAUCGUGCUGCAGUUAAUGUUGUCGACUUUGAUGACAAAUACAUUGUAUCUGCAUCGGGGGACAGAACAAUAAAGGUAUGGAAUACCAGCACGUGUGAGUUUGUUCGCACACUGAACGGCCACAGACGCGGCAUCGCAUGUCUCCAAUACAGAGACCGUCUUGUUGUUAGUGGUUCCUCUGAUUACACCAUCAGACUCUGGGACAUCGAGUGUGGCACAUGUCUGCAAGUUCUCGAGGGCCACGAAGAGCUAGUGAGAUGCAUCAGAUUUGACAACAAGCGCAUCGUAAGUGGGGCGUAUGAUGGUAAAAUCAAAAUAUGGGACCUACAGGCUGCUCUUGACCGGAGAAAACCAGUCUCAUCAUUAUGCAUCAAAACGUUGGAGGAACACAAAGGUCGGGUGUUCCGGUUGCAGUUUGACGAUUUCCAGAUUGUAAGCAGUUCCCAUGAUGACACUAUCCUUGUGUGGGACUUCCUCUCUCUUCCAAACGAGCCUGCAAAAGCGGGUGCUAAUGACUCGUCGAGGACUUACACGUAUGCAAGUAGCGGCCGUAGUCUGAAUAUAUAAAUUUAUGUAUAUAAAUAUAUACAUGGGUUGUUAACGGGAACAUAGACUUGGAUCUGAAACGAGAUCAGCAGAAGUGCUUAAAAGAUACUGGUUAUCACUUUUUACCUAUCGUAAACUUUGAGACUUUGGCCUCAGUUACCAAUAAACUAGGCGUAAGCGCGGGCCUACACAAUCCUUGUCAAAUUGAAUAACUGCACCUCGACAAAAUCUGAUUAUUUGCCCUGAAUUUUAACUGUGCUGUGGUUUGAUUAGAAUACGUUGCAUUAACGCUAUUGUACGGGAGGAGGCGCAGGAAAAUGGAAAUGGCAUUUUGACUUGGUAUUGAAGCCUAGUUGCUGCAUCUAUAGGAUAACCCAUUACUUCGCUUGUACUCUGAAGGCAGUGCAUAGUUUCAGUUUAAAUCUGAGCAACAAACUCUCUUGUUUAAAACGUUGUUAAACGAUCUUUAACCUCCUUUGUUUAUUUCUAACCUACAGUCUGUUUUUGACGAGGCUUUAGCUAUAAUAAGAUUUUUUAAAUUUUCCGUGAUAGACAACCAUUUAAGUUGUAACUUCCUCCAUUAAUUCUGAAUUUGGACAACAAAGUGCUAUCUUCUCUCAAAGCUCAAGUUUGUUUCCAAGAUCUUUAGAGCUCUUAGCACAGGCAACUGAAGAACAACUGGAAAAAACAUUUUCCUCAUAAAAGAUUCUUUGAAUAGGAUCAUUUUUGCACAGGAUUAUGGUUAUCUAUACGUUGCUACCGUAUGACGUAGCUCUAAAUAUGAGAAUGUGGUCGCCCCAUUCUUUUUUGCUGGUAUUGAUAAACAAGCAGAAAUUGAAAUUGCAUUUAGAAGAUACCGACUACUGCUGUGUAAGAUGUUUUAUUGCCUCAUGAAUGGCGCAUUUAUUUUUCUUGUAGUAUUUAUGGCGUGUUUACCGAUUGCUACUGGGAGUUAAAACUUGACUAAACCUGUGUUUUCAUAAAAUGUAGGGUUAUGUCCUGUUUCUUCGCUACCUUUUUGUAUUUUCUUUAUGCAAUACUUGAUGCAACCUAUCCAUAGAGGAAUUGCUACCCCCCCCCCCCCCCGAAAGCCCCUGCUGAGAGUUUAUCGAAUGGGUCAUCCUGUUAUUGCAGUCAGAGAAUGUGCAUUUAAGUGAACCAUUACAGUUUUUGCUAUUUUCCUAUAAGAGCUUCGAUGGUGUGUUGUUUAGACUGAUUUCACUUGUUCGUUUGAAUAGCAAAAUUUUUGAACAAUAGAAUAGCCGUUUCCCUACUCUUUUGUUAAGAAUGUGACCUUCUUGUCUCGCGAAUGUUUUCGACUCAGUGGCGGACACUUGGGGGGGCGAGGGGGGGCGACCGCCCCACCAAUACUUUAGAGAACAAUGGACUUUUGUUCUAAAACAAUGGGAAAUGUGACGUCAUCUUAUUAAAACAAUAGGCUUGCCCCCCCCCCAAUAUUUGACCAAGUGUCCGCCACUGUUUCGACUACUGAGGUACAAUGCACAGCCAACAAGUUUAGGAUGUCUGGUAUUUUCCCGGCCACCCAGUUCUCCCCGUCAACCCUGCAAGCCCACCAGCCUACUUUGAAAGCAGUCGUUUGGGUUUAAAGUACUGUACUGGUUAGAAACCCUUCACAAAUACUUACCGUGCUUCGAUUCGUGCUGUACCUUCUUCUAAAAAACUGGUAUCUCGUUGGCUUUUAAUGCGGUACUACACAAACUAGCCUCUCUAACUUCAACUGGCCUGCACGGUAGUAUAGUUGUAAUCUAGUAGCUUAGAAUUUUGUAGAUUCUACGUUGGUACCGAUGGCGUAGGUGAAAAUAUCUCGAAUGUAUUGUUAAUUGAGUUACUUACAGACGUAAUUUUUGGUCCCUUUAUGACCUUGUAGGUAAAGCUUUACAUCUCUUUAGGAAAGAUAA